ACUACUUUCGAAAUACCAAAACCCUAAACAAAACCUCUCUCGUCCGUUCGCUCACCUCUGGAUCCAGGAACAGAGAGACGCGGAAACAUGGAGACGGAGAACACGCUGUAUCAGAUAGAUGUCGGAAAUCUUACGGCCUUCAAUCCCAACCACCGGAUUCCCUCUGUUCCUUCAAGGGAUGAACUUGCGAAGCAAUGUAUUAAGGAAGGAACAAAGCUCGUUCAGGCAAUAGCUGACAGUAUUUUUAACUUGCCUUCUACCGAAACUGUUGAUGGUCCUCUUGUCCAGUUGCCUCCACCCACAACAAAACUUCCCAGGGAGAAGCAUCUUCCAAAGCCUAAGCCUCUUACAAAGUGGGAAGAAUUUGCUAACAAAAAAGGUAUAAAGAAGCGGAAGAAGGACAAGGUUGUAUGGGAUGAACAAACUAGUCAAUGGAAACGCCGGCAUGGUUACGACCGUGUUAAUGAUGAUAAUGAUAUUCCUAUUAUUGAGGCAAAGCCCACAGAUGAACCAGGAGAAGAUCCUUUCGCCAAGAGACAGGAAGAGAAAAAGAAGAAAGUUGAAAAGCAAGAAAAGAACCGAUUGCAAAACUUGAAGGCGGCUGCAAAAGUAGGUGCUUUGCCAAGUCACGUCCGACUUGCUGCUACGGCAUUGCCCAUAACUGGAACACAGGCUCAAUCCAAGAAAGUCGGAAAAGAAGAACUGGGAAACGUGGCUGGUUUGGCCGCUACCUCGACCGCUAGUGGUGGGAAAUUCGAUAAGAAGUUGCCCGGAGAAAAGGCUCCUAAGAAGCUAGGCAAACAUCACAAGUAUUUGCCGGUGGUGGAGGGAUCUGGGAUGGGCUCGCGGGAGAAGGAGCAGACGGAUAAAGUGCUUAGCAAGAUAAUCUCGAAGAAUUCACACGAGAUUCUCAACGUCAAUAAGGCCAUAAACAUGUAUAACGUGAAGAAGGAGAGAAAGAGACCGACAAAGAGCCAAGACAAGUUGAAACCUAAGAAGAGUGUGUUCAACAAGAAGAAGGGUUCCUCAAAGGCAGGAAACGCUUCCAAGUGAUUUAGGUCUUUUGCUUUCAUUUGCUUGCAUUUGUUAACUCUUUAACUCCAUUACUCGUAACUCUAUAUAAAUUUUUUCUACUUUUGGUGAUGAUGAUGAUGGUGAUGAUGAUGAUGGUAAUGGUGAUGACUGAA